UACCUUUUGGUUCAGGGGUUUAUUCACAAGCCACUCACAGAUGAACUUCUCAGAGUCUCACUGCAUUCAGGAAAGAUGUGCCUGACGCUUCGCAGCUGCUUUCCCUGCAGACCCUGCAGAUCAGAAGGUAAGAAAAUCGACAGAUUAUUGACUUCAACAACAGGGUCUAUAGGUAUCGGUUGAUUGUUCUAGACUAGCAGGUGUUAGUAACCAUGAGUAGUGAGUAUUUUCAACCUGAUAAACAUUGACCAAAUAAACAGUUUAUAAGAACUGCACAUGGUUCAAAAUGUACACUGUGAAUGUUAUUGUAUGUAUGCAUAAAUUGUUUGAAAUAUGUUCUGUAUAAAAAGUAUAUGAGAAUCAGAUAACAAAUUCAGGUUUAGUGUAAUAUGUGUUUAAAACAGCAGUUGACUGAUAUCACUUUUUCAGUGACCAAUACCGAUACCCAUUAUGACAAAGUAGGACAGCUGAUAGCCAUGCAGAACACUGUUUAGACAUACAGUUUUGUAUGUUAUAUACAAGGCAUAAUUAUGUAUUUCUAGCAUUGUAGUCUGAAAGGCCAACUACUCUGCUAUGUGGAUCAAAACUGAAAAUAUGUAAAGAAACUGCAAGGUCACAAUUAAAGAUAUAACGAUUUCUAGACUAAAAUGCUCCUUUGCUUACCCCUCCCACCAAUUAAGUUACGGUGGCCAAGCAGUUCUUAUGAUGUAUUUAGUCUGAUCCUCAAUUUGUCAAGUUUUUACUAAAAUCUAAAAUGUCUUCUGCAAAGUCAUUUUCUCUCUCUUCUUCUUUGUCUUCAAACCAGUGCAUUUCAAACAUCCACCAACUAAAUACAAAAAUACAUGCGCUACUACUUUGUCUGUUUUGUGUUGCUGUAGAAACAUGGUGAACUUGGUCCACUCCUUUAUACAUAAAAAAAUUCAUCAUACAGGAGUCAAACACAAGAGUUCCUGUAUUAAUUCAAAGCCUCUGACAGGAGCUUUGACUGUAGAUGGUCGAAAUAUCAGAUUUCAAAGACUCAGACUCCAUGAAAUUAUACUUUCUAUGUUUUAAUGACAAAAUAAUCAAUUAUAAAUCAAUUUGGUGAUCAAUAGUGAAAACAACAAGUAGCAAAAAUUGUUAAAUGCAAAACUCCACAGACUGUCCUCACAAAAUCCAUAACAUAAGAGAAAGAAUAUAUUGAAAAUAGUCCCUUUUAACCAAACAAGAGAGCCCGACAUUUCCUCACAGUUAUUGUGUCUAGACUGAACUGUGUGAGCGUUUGCAUGUGUUUGUGGAUUUGUGGGUGGACUUCCCCGAGAAUGAUAUCCAUGUACACAGUCUAAAGAAAGGGUGGGAGUAGGAGGAGUCUGUCCCUUUAAAAACACUCUCCAGCUCUCAGCAGCUGUAGCUUUAGUGCUGUGAAGAGAGCAGAGAUCCUGAGACCAGGGUGAGUAAAAACUGAAGGGGGAGAUGUUAUUAAAAAUGUAAAACUUAACCUAUAUUUAGACCAAUUAGAUCUUUAUCUACUACUUUAAGUUAGCAGGUGUUUUAUUUCAAUUAAUAGCUCUUGUAAAAUGUAAAAAGUUAGGUUAUGUGUCAUCUCCAAGACUUGAACUGGUCCCUGUAAACAAAAAUGGAAAAGUGAUGGUUACUGAUUUUAAACUUUUGUUUCUUUCAUUCAUUGUGACACGGACUCUCCAUUAUUACUCUAAUUAAAUUUAGACUCCAUGUAUAAGACUUCACGUAGUUUUGUAAAUAUUGUGCUCUUUAAAAAGAAAAAGGAAAAAAAAAAAAAAAAAAAUUAUUUUUUAACACCGGAAGUACUGCUAAGGUCAUUAGGGAAACGUUUACCUUUCUAAAACUUUAUUUAUUUAUUUAUUUUGUUAAAACAGUGAUUUUAAACGUUUGGAAAUUAAAAAAAAUAUUAACAUCUAAAAAAAAAAAAAAAAAAAAAAAAAAAAACCGAAAGAUAGUAAAGCAGAAGAGCCAUUUGCCAGCAAAUUUAAAACGAAAUGCUCAUUUCGAUUAAAAAAAAUCUAAUAUAAAGUGUGCUAACUCAAGCUAUUAUCGGACUUAAAUGUGAGAUUAACCUGUUUAAUUCUGACUCUUUGUCGUUUUGUCCCCACAGCUUUGUCAAAGAGUUUCUCACGCUGUCGGUUCCGUUUCUUCUCCCGGACAAGAAUGCGGACCCGGUCUCAAUCUGCGGACCCAGUCGGUCUCGGGGUGAACUUUCCCCCGGAAAAAAGUGGGAAACCCGCCGGAGGAAGACGGUUUAUGAAGCUUCCGAAGUUUUGGGGAGGCAACAAAGCUCCGACUCAGGCUGUUGUGGGCAUCCCCGACUCCACCACGGCUGUUGAACACCAUUCACCCAAGGAAGAGGAGCCCAAACCCGGUGAGUCGAAUCAGAGACACCCGGCGGCGUGCGUUCCAAUUCGGCUUUCAAAUUCGAACCGAUGUUACCUUGGCAACAGUAACGGUCGGUUGGGACUGCAACCUCUCAGAAAGUUUAAAAAGUGAAAAAAGAGACCGAAAAAAGUUUAAUUUUGUCCAUUAAACACCACUGAAGAGCCUUAAAACAUGAAAUUCUGAGUUGUUUUUCCAUUAGGGACAAAAAUGAGCAGGAGAAGUAGCCCUCUAAUGCCUGAAACCACAAAUUAUGUCCAGAAAAUUCAAAAUUUUUUGGAGCUGAAAUGUUUAUUUCACUUACUACUAAAACCAAAAAAACAAUCAAAAUCUCCUUAAAAUUUAACACAUAUAUUUAUUUAUCUUAUUUGAUACAUUAGAUGUUUUUGGAAACCGAUUAACUACCAGAGGACUUUUUUUUAAAUAUCAUUUAUCGGACUGUAUUCAGGUGUUUUUUUUUUAGUAAUUUAUUGAUCAUAUUGAUUUGAAAGAAGUAUAUAAAAGUAUGAAUCAAAUAUAAUACAAAAGGCUAUAAAGGGAUAAUGAUUGGUUUCAUUUUAAAGCGCUUAAAUUCAAAUAUUUAAGUUGAGGGACAUUCAAAGAUGUAAUGUCAUUGCAGUUCGUAAAAUAUUUCUUCUUGUGUUUGUUAUUUUGAGCAUCUUUUUGUGUCAAGUGUAUCUGAAUGUGUUUCUUUGAUGUGGUGUAGCUAAUACAGUGCAUUUUACCAUAGUGGCUCUCACACCAGAAGAAAUCUUUGAAGCAGAAGAUGUACAACACUUGUGUGAAGCCAGCCAGCAGCUGAUACAGAGAGAGGAGCAUCUGUUUGGGGACACAACGGAGACUGAUUCCCUCACACAUCAUGCUGAAGAAGUGGAUAAGCUUGCUUUAAACUAUAAAAACCUGAGAGGUCUUGUCCUGAAGAGCUUGAGUCUCUCCCUCAGCUCUGGAGAGGUCAGUGUGGAGGCUCUGACGUCUGCAGUGAAGGCUAUAAAUCAGGAAAUAGACCAAGACCAGCAGUGGGAAAAAAGAAACAGGUUGCUACCUCCCUGGAGGCAAGGAGACUGGAAGAAGCUCCAUGACUCGACGCUUCGCAAGCUGGUGGAGGAUCGCAUGGACAACCCCUCGACGCCCCCUCCUGAUCAGGUGGAUAAGUCAUCUUUCCAGGCGGACAUCAACAGUAUGGGCAGGCAGCUGAAGGAGGACCUGCUGUUGGUGGUCAAAGUGGUGAAGAAAUGCUACCCUCCCGAGCAGGACAUCUGUAACUUUUAUGCCAAGUUGUACCACCAGACCUUCAGCUCCAGGCUCAGAAAGAUCGCAGACUUUGGCCUGGAGGACAAAGACUGUAUUUUCCUUCUGCGCUGGGUCAAUGAGUAUUAUCCACAGUAAGUCAUACAUGUUUUACACGACUUAAACCUCAUAUUAAUGGGUCAGAUCUGAUCUGUGUACAUCCACGAUAUAAUUUUGUUGUCAAAGAGCAAGUUCUACACCUCUGUGGUUCCUCUUAGUAGCUUAAAGCAAUCACUAUACUGUUAAGAUAUUGGGUUUUUUGUUUGUUAUGCUGUUUUGAUUCUCUAAAACGGCAAAAAAAAAAGUUAUCGCUGGGAUGUCAUGUGUUACAAAAAUAUACAUGGGUUUAUUUGAUGAAUGUGUCUUAUUUUAAAGUUUAUAAUGAAUUGCAAAUAAAAAAUGGGAGCCUGAAAGCCAAGGAGGAACAUUUUAAGGGUGUUUAAAGAAGACUUUUUUGUCUUGUUGUGCUUCAGUUAGCUUUCAAUUUGUAACUCAACCACUCACAGGUGAUAAUCACACAGGUGUUCAGAGAGAAAGUUGUUUUGAAACUUUCCUAUAAACAUGUAUACAACAUAAUGACCAUGAUUUUAAUGACACUUCAAUUCAUUCACAUGAAAUCACAGUUAGGAUGCUAUAUUACUUAUAGUAUAGUAAAGGUUUGUGUUUAUUCUCUGUUUCAGAAUCCUUCAAAAACCAGAGCUGGCCUCUGAAAUCAACCCUGAAGUGUUGGGCAAGCUGCUGUCUCCAGAGUUAUUGGCACCCCUGGAAGAUCAAUACCUGAGCAAACAACAGGUAACCUAAGCUGCUGAUACCUGCUUUGUUUUUAUAGGACUCUGGUUGGUUUAAGCUGCCAGUGGAUGCAUGCUCUUGUGUUAGGGCCCGAAAGAUCUGGUUUCGUACUUGUUGUAGAUUUACAGUAGUUGUUUACUUCUAAAGAUGGUUUAACCACUACUUCAGCUUUUGUGUGGGAUUCAGCAGACAAAAUUAGGUUCUUUACAAAGACGUGAUAGUAGUGUUUUUGUUUUUGUCUUUUCAGGAAGAGUUGAAGACUUUCAUCAGUCGUGUUCUGGAGGAAGCAGAGCAGAAGUGGAGAAGAGGGGACGAGCCGACAAGAGAGGACGGCUGCUUUGUCAGUCAUGUGGCCUACGACAUCAGUCAGGUACGGUGCUGAUCGGGUAACAUGUUUUCAUUGAAGGUUUAAUCAAUAUCUGCACUACCAGCCCACUCAAACAAUAGAUGGACACUCACUGGUGAGCAGAGGACUUGGCAGAGACAAAAACAGAGCAAAAAGAAGAGUGAAUAUUAGACAAUUGACAUGCCCAACUGCCUUUGACAAGCAAAACAAUCCAUUGUUCCAGGUUCUACUUGUCUAGAAGUUCUUCCUUGAUCAAAAGCACUUACUGAUUAAAACAGUGGAUGUGUUUCCAUGCUCACUGAUGAACUCAAUAGGAGAACCAGAUCUUAAAAUGUGUUCUGAUUCAUUACUCAGACCAGCAUAUCUCGGCUUAGUUGGGACCUGAUUUGGUAUUUUUCCACACAGUAUUUUUCAAGGUUGUUACACAAACUAAUAGAAGCCAAAAUAGAAAAGAAAACAAGCUUUCUAAACUCUCAGAUAAGGUUAGCCAAGAGGAGAUGCACUGUUGUUUGUUUACACUGUUGGCUGUAGGUCACAGUGUUUUUACUAAGCCAGAAAAAUCAAGCAGGACAAAAAGCCAGUAAAUGUAGUCAAAAGUAUAUCCCACAAAAGCCUGUUUCUUUAACUGCUUUACAUUUCUUUGAAUGAGAUUUAUUGAUCUGUAUUCUCCUUCUGUCCUCAGCUUAUCAAUGGUGUGGCAUCAUCCGCUGCUACAGUCCUGGGAGAUCCGCACAAGGCCCAUAUAAUCACAUGUCAGCUGAAAGAUUUAAUGCAGAGGUAACAAGAUGAAUCCUGUUCUUGAUAGGGUGAUUUUCCUGAUUACGGAGAUGUGAGUGAAAAUAACCCAAACAAAUUUCAGUUUCCAGAGUUUCCACAACAACGUCAUGAAACAAGACAAACCAAACAGCCGGCUGUUCAUCAAGGCAAACCUGGGCUGCAUCCAACAGUUCAUGUCAGUUUACUUGAGAAAUUCCUUUUGUUUACACGUCUAAUGAAAUAGAGCCAGUCUAUUAGUGCCACUUUCUGUUGCUAAUAUAACUCGUUUGCCUGUCUGCCUGCAGGGAGGUCCUCAAUAAGAAGCACCACCUGUUCCAGAAGGACGUGCAGAAAAACUGUUUGCAGAUUCUGCUAGUCAUGAAAGAAAGCGCCCACAUAUACCUGCUGAAACCUGUCCACGAGAGCCUCAGGGUGAGUCUUAAAGGCUUUUUGUUAAAACAUCCAAUCAGUGUUGUGCCUUAAAAAGCUGUUGCUGUAUUGGAACUGUUGAUUAAAGUCCACACUGUUAUGUUUGUUUCUCCCACAGCCUCAAUACAGCAAGCUGGGAACCACUGACUGGCUGAAUAAACCUGUUGUGUUUGAGCAGCUGCUGGACAGCAUUGAGAGUGAACUUCAGGAGCUGCAGGGUGCCGCUCAGUCCUGUCAUGAGGUACAUAAAAAAAAGAAUAAAACACAUAGACACAGCUGUUUUUAUGUUGAAAGAGGAUGCUGUAGUUCUUGCUAUGUUGAAACGUUUUGACAGAAUUGUCCUGUCCAAGAAGUGAUUGUGAUAAAAUUGUGAUUUUUUUUUCCUUCAUUGUUGACAUGAUGUUUCUCAUGUGAUGGUUGGAUUCUUUCAGGAGCUGACUGGGCAGCUGCACCAGGAAGUCACCUUAGAAUAUGUGAGGAGGCUCCUGAAAGGAAAAGUCAAACUGAAGGACAAGGAGCAGCAGCAUAAGGCCUACCAGAGGAUUAAAGCCAACACAGAGAGUUUGAAGGAGCUAUUUGAGAAAACGGUGAGACAAAACUGAGUUUUAUUAAAUUUUGUAAAUUCCAAACACAAAUCUGUCCCAGGACUAACCAGGAAAAGAUAAUGAGGAAAUGUUCAAAAACUGUCUCCACAGGGGUCAAAGGAGGAUUGGUUGAAUGACAUACUGACCACGAUUGCAGAAGUGCUGAAGCUCCAAGAUCUCCCAGCCAUACAGAUGGAAGUCGUAUCUCUCGGAGCGGCUUUUCCUGACUUCAGGUGAGCCUUUACCUGAAAUGAUUUACCUGGAAACGAAACAGUAUUUAACACAGACGUGCUGACACAAGUCAAACAAGCCUAAUAAGGACAGGAUAGCACCAUGAUGUGAGCGGUUUACAUUACUCCAGAGUGAGUAUAAACAAAUUCACUUUUUCAGAGAGAGCGGAGGGAUAACAGGAAGUGAAAAUAUGCUCGGCUGUUUCCUGGCAGCAGGAUGAUACGAGGAGCAAAAAGCAGUCAUACAGCAGCUCCGUUUACUCAGAGAGUUGGCAGAGCCGAACACUAAACACACAAGUCCUGCUCUGCAACACAGGGCCUGUACUUGUAAAUUUCACCAGUUAAAAAUCUGAAUUUUCUUUCUUUCUUUCUCUUGCAGUGAGAAACACGUUUCAGCCCUGCUCAAGCUGAAGACCAACAUCACCAAAGCCAACAGAAAAAUGGUCAAAGAAACUCUGUCUGAUCACUUGAAGGAAACCAGCGCUGUCGUUAGUCGGCCAUUUUUCUCCAAAGUCCAGGUGAAAUGAGAGCCAAACACCCCCGGUAUUAAAUUCAGUUCUCCUCAUUUCAGCCUUUUUUUGAGUUGGCUGAGAUCACGCUUGAACAUUUUUGUAUAUUAUUGAAUGUUUUUGUGCAGCUUUGAAGAGCUGGUCGCUGUCAUUAUCAGUCCCGAGUCUUGAGUUACUGUAAAAAUGUAUAAGCUACAGGUCACUUUGUUGCUUUUUACUGCUAAAGGUUCAGGUCGUGUGGUGGAGAGUUUACGCUCAUAUUUUUGCUUUUUUGUGGGUUCAGAUCUGUGAAAGUGUGUCAUUUUAUGUGAAAUCAGUGUUAUAGUUUUUUUAUCCUACCAUGUGCAAUAAUAAGAGAGUUUCAGUUAUACUUUUAUAGUUUUAUGGUGUACAGAAUUUGUUCAAAGAAAAUGUAAUUUAACUUUUAUAAAUAAAUGUGGUGAAACCUCUAAU